AUGGAUCAGCUUCUCCAGCACGCGAUGUCGAGCGAUGUUGUAGCGCGUCAGACCGCCGAGACUGCCAUUGAACAAUACGUUGUGUCAAGGCCAGAUGAUUUUUUCAAUGAUAUUUUCAGAAUUGCCCAUGCUGAGGACUCCACAAAGGAGAUGGCUCAUAUGACAAUGCUUGUCGCUAAAGCGGUGAUUUUACGGCACUGGGGCCCAGAAUUCGAGCAGUUUGAAAGGCCUAUGCUCGGACCUGAUACAAAGACGAAUGUUCGGCGAGAGCUUCUUAAUAUUGUGGGCACUUCUGCCUCUCCUAAGGUGAGAGCUACCGCUGCGAGUGUCGUAUCCAGAAUCGGUGGUAACGAAUUCCCAGAUCAAUGGCCUGACUUAUUGGAAAACAAUAUGAAACUAUUGCGGUCCGAAGGUGUGGCACUUGCUGGUGGUCUGGAGCUCUUCAAAGAGCUUCUAAUUGACACUCUCAGAGAACAGGAUUUUUUUGAAAUUGGCGCUUUCGUCAUGUCAUGCUUGCUAGAGGCUGCAGACCACAAAGAACACAGACUUGCUGCUUUGAAAUGCUUUCAUGAGUGCAUAAAUUUCUUUUUAAUGGGUGAUGAUGAUCAGUUGCCGGUGCUUGAAGCUAUCAUUAAAGGAGAUGUCAAUAAGUGGUGUCUCUUAUUCAAGCAUGUUAUAAUCCACGAAGCUGAGGAAACGGACUUACAGGAUGAGAUUAUUCUUACUUUGAGAGACCUUGAAUCAGCUUUCCCUUCAGUACUAGCUCCAGAGAUUCCAGAACUGUUCAGAACUGUUGUUGAGCGAGUAGAGCAAUGCCGUGUUUCCCGAAAUGUUAAUGAUGAGCUCCUGACACAUCAAAUUAAUUUGAUCGAUAUGUUUUUCAGGGCCAAAGGUAGCGAGACAAUUCACAGAUCGCUACUUGACAUGCAAGUGCUUCAACGGUUCCUUGAUAUUUGCAUCGCACAAGCGACUAUUCCCAAGGAGCUUCAACAUCUUUGGAUCGACGACUACAAUGAUUUUGUGAUUCACGAAGUCGAACUCGCUGAGGAUAUUUGGCCGCGCCCUGCCGUAGGUAACCUUACGGGAGAUUUGCGUCACCCAAUGAUUCUGGCAACACUUAUUGAGCGGGCAAAGACGGCACAAACAUGGCUCGAACUAGAAUCCAUUCUGUUUUUGAUUACAUGCGUUUUACAGCAGUUGUCAUUUGAAAGCCAGAAACUAACGCCAAAUCAUUUGUCGGAUAUCGCAGCCAUCGUCAGGAGCGCUACACAGCCCGAGUUACUACACGCUCGUGCGAUCAUUACCGGCGGCUAUAUUUUGAAAUACGCGGGUUCCAAACUUAGCAGUGAUACCAAAGACCAAAUGCUGAAACUGCCCUUCGAAAUUCAAUCAAAUGCUUCAAAUGUGGUGAAAAUAGCGGCUCUUCGUAACAUAUCGAUUGGCUGCACUGUAGCACCCGAAAAGCUUCGUUCCACACAAAAAAAUAUGCUGUCGUUGAUUGCGAGUCUUGUUCCUGAGUCAGAAGAAGAGACCCCAGCUCUGCUGGCCGACAUUAUGAUGAACAUUUUGCGCUUGAAUUUCCAGGACGUCCUCAUGGAUGACCAAGUAUACUCAUUGUUCUUCUCCUUGGUUAGCAAAGACACUGCUAAUAUCGAACUUACGGUUGAGCUCUUGUCUUUUGUUGAGGAAAUUUUCGAAAGUGCUGAGCAAAAUCCUGAGACACUGCCCAACAUUUAUCAGAAAUUACUGGUCCCAGUAAUUCAAACUUUGGCUAAUGCUCAGGCAUCAAAAUAUGAGUUCUCGAGUGACCUCCAGUUUGCUUUGGAUCUUGCUGCUGUCAUUUUUGAGCGUGGUGCAGAACUUCCGGACAAAAGUCGGCUUCUCCAGAUCUUCCACGAUCUAGUUUCAACGUGCGACGACCCUCAAAUUCUACAGUCCGGAUCCUUUGCAUAUGCUGCGCUUUUAGAGCGGCUGGGAACUAUAGAGCUGGACACUAACGCAAUUCAAAAUGUGUUGGAAGUGGCUGCAAAGCUAUUGGAUCCUGAUCUAGACGAUGCCUCCGGGCUUGCCUCCGGCCGCCUUGUGAAAGCAAUAAUCGCUACGUUUGGGUCUGAGCUCGGCGAUGUCUUGAGCGAAAUCAUUAUUGCAGCCGGAACGAGGCUAGCAGCUGCAGAAAACGCUUUACUUGCUGAGAGUCUCACGCUUCUAUUUUUCGAUCUUAUCAAUCGUGACGCACUGACUAUUGUAAAUCUGCUGGCAGAUCGUAACAUUCUAGAGCCAGUGUUGAAAAAAUGUUUAGCCACGUUCGAAGUUGUGCGUGGUGCAGACGAAAUCCAUGGAAGCGUAAGUGCCCUUGAGAACCUUUACGACCUAGAGGACCCCCGUAUCGAGGCUAUUCUAGUGAACGACGAGGCCUUGGCACCAAGAAACAAAAUUCUGACCCGAUCGGCCACGAAAAACAUGAAAUUCACGCAGGUUAGU